AUGCUUUUACCCAAUCUUCCUUUUCUCAUCAAAGUCUACUUCCCAGAUAUAGAAAGAGCCGAUAUCGGUUAUUACGCUGGUUUCUUGCUGUCUGUUUACUAUCUUGGACACAUUCCAGGCUCUAUGUUUUGGGGGUGGUUUUCGGAUAACUACGGUCGUCGAUGUACCAUGAUUCUCACGUCAAUAUCAAAUGCAAUACUCAUUCUAGCCCUUGGAUUGUCAAGGAAUUAUACUGGCAGUUUGAUAAUCCGCUUUCUGCAUGGCAUGCUUGAUUUCUCGCUAGGAGUUUCCAAGACAAUUGCUGCUGAUUUAUGCAACGAUAAUAACAUGGCGUUCGGGACUUCUUUACUUUACACGGGGUUUGGUAUCGGAAGAUACGAUUCGUCCUUUGAUCAAUGUCUUUCCAUUCCUCAAAUCCGUAUUUUCAGCCUUUGCCUCGAUCAUCUAGAUCCCCUAUCUCGUUCCAUUCUCUGUGUGCGCCUUCUUUUUCAUUAUCGUUCUCUUUCUCUUCGUCUUCUUCGCCGAGGAAUCGCUGACCCAAGAGACCGUCGACCAAUCGAAAAAGAUCCGCAAAGCCAUGGGGGUUUUCUUCUUUCCAAUCCGUCAUCAUUUCAGAGAGAGCUCAGCUCGAUUCUCCGCAAAUCGUCCUCGAAAAGCUUCACCUCCUACGAGCAGCUGCUUCUCGCCUACGACGAGCACGGGAAGUACAACUCCAUGUUCCGCAAUCGCGACCUCAUCCUCGCAGUGAUCAUCUACGGCAUGGCGUCGCUCUGCCAGAUCUCCUUCGACUCGAUCUACCCGCUCACCCUCAUGAACUCUCGCAAAUACGGCGGUUUUGAAAUGAACGCCGUCGAGGAAGGCUGGGUCGCGACCUCUGCGAUCGUCCUGCAGCUCACCUCCAUUCUAAUCUUCCCUCUGUGGAGCAAACUCGCUUCCUAUCGCUACCAGAUCGUGAUGUGUCUGCUCGUCAUGUCCGGAAUCAUGCUCGUCGAGCCCUUCGUUUCGGUCUUCAAUGAAUCUCCGCUCGCGUGUCAGUUCGCUGUGACAUACAUCGGAUACGCUAUUUCUGUCCCCGUGCGUGCUCUUGUCUACAAGUAA